UACUUCACAGUAGAAGACAGUUGCCCAAAUUAUGGAUUCGCAAAUUCUGGAGCCAAUAGUGUCUACCGAAAGUGGCAAGCUGAGAGGACAACAGCGUCAAGGCAUCUACGGUGACACCUAUUACAGCUUCGAUGGCAUACCUUAUGCGAAGCCACCACUUGGUAAAUUACGCUUCAAAUCACCACAGCCAGUCGAGCCUUGGCUUGGCGUACGGGACUGUACCAUAUGCCCGCCGAAAUGUGUGCAUGCCAAUAUUUAUACCGGCGUGAUAGACGGCAUUGAAGAUUGCCUGUAUUUAAAUGUAUUUACGAAGAAGCUACGUUCUGCCAAGCCCUUACCGGUCUUAGUUUAUUUGUAUGGUGGACGUUUUACAGCUGGAGAUGCCACACGGAAUAGUUGGGGACCGGAUUACUUUAUGAUGAAAGAUGUAAUACUUAUAACAAUUGGAUAUCGCUUAGGUGCCUUAGGUUUCCUUAGUUUUCCGGAACCCGAACUUCAAGUGCCGGGCAAUGCGGGCCUCAAAGACAUCGUCAUGGCAUUGCAGUGGAUAAAGAAAAAUUGUCAGUACUUCAACGGCGAUUCCGAUAAUAUAACACUAUUCGGACACAGCUCGGGCAGCCAGGCAUCACAGUUGCUCAUGUAUUUGCCGCAAUGUGAAAAUCUCUUUCACAAGGUAAUACUAAUCUCCGGCAUGCAAAUGCACUUACGCCGCAUUCCCCAACUAGAAUAUCGCUUCGUAAAGCACUUGGGAUAUAAGGGCAAAGAGAAUAACCACGAUAUACUUGCCUAUCUCAGCGCACUGCCAGCAGAGCGCCUUUGCGAUCUUAAAAUGUGGACGCCAGAAGAGCUGAAGCAAUGCCCUCUUUUCGUAUUCUCUCUUACGCUCGAAAAUGAGUCUGCGCCAGACGCUAUACUAACUAAGGACCCACUUGAAAUGUAUGCCAAUAAGCAAUCUUGGUGUCACAGUAUACCGAUAGUGUUAGGUGGCAACUCAUUUGAGUCUCUUAUGCAUUACAAGUAUUUCACCAAGCAACCUGAACUAUAUGAAACUCUCAGAAAGCAUCCUGAGUACUUGCUCUCACACGAAGUUAGAGAGAAAUGUGGUGUGCACACACAACAACAACUCGCUAAGAAGCUUAUCCACUUGCAUUUAGGUUCUAAGAAAUUAAAUGUUGAACAAUCGUUUGAUGUUUUGCGUUUAUCGUCAUAUGAUUUUAUGUACCAUCCAAUAUAUCGCUAUCUCAAAACACGAAUAGCUAAUGCUAAAGCACCUACCUAUCUUUAUCGCUUUGAUUUUGACUCACCUUACUUCAACUUGUAUCGGAUAAAGCGUGUAGAUGAGCUUUCCUAUCUUUUCUUAAUGCCGAACUCAUUCAAGCUGCAGCGUAACUCGAAGGAGUUUAAGAUGAUUGAGUGCAUGAUAGAUUGGAUUACAGCCUUUGCUCUCAAUUCGGAUCCCAAUUGUGAAAAGCUAAGCAGUUUAGUUUGGGAACCACUGACAGCAGAUACUCGCUAUUGUCUUAAUAUUACCGACGAACUGAGCUUUGUCAAAUGGCCAGAGGAAGAGAAGUGCGUCUUAUGGGAUCAAUAUUAUGAGGAGGCGGGUAUAAGGACUUUUUAGUUGACACCAAGUUUUACAGUCUGUG